AAAGAAGGAAGGACCAGAAGAUGCCCCGCCGUGUAUUCAUUUGGUUGGCUAAUGAGUGUACUCCAAAGAUGAACAGCCUAACCCCCCAACAAUAAUACAUAGGGACCACAUGUGGAAUCAUAAUCACCAUAAUCUCGUAUAAAAUCUCACAAUAUAUCCCAAUCUCAUUCGUUCAUUCUUAAUUACGUUCGUCCAAUGGCUCGCCACUCACGCUGGACUCUCCUCCUGCUCCUCCUCUCUGCUGCCGUCGUGUCGGCGGUGAUUGACGAUGACGAUAACAUUCUGAUCCGUCAAGUGGUGGAGGAUGGCGAUGAGCACUUGCUGAACGCGGAGCACCACUUCUCCGCCUUCAAGACCAAGUUCAGCAAGACGUACGCCACAAAAGAGGAGCACGACUAUCGGUUUGGCGUGUUCAAGAGCAACUUGCUCCGAGCAAAGUCGCAUCAGGAGCUGGACCCCUCCGCCAUACACGGCGUCACAAAGUUCUCCGAUCUCACUCCGUCAGAGUUCCGCAGCCAGUUCCUUGGCCUUAAACCUCUUAGCCUUCCCUCUGAUGCUCACAACGCACCAAUCCUCCCUACCGACAAUCUCCCUAAAGACUUCGACUGGCGCGACCAUGGAGCCGUCACUAACGUCAAGAACCAGGGCACGUGUGGGUCGUGUUGGUCCUUUAGCACCACAGGAGCGUUGGAAGGAGCUCAUUUUCUGGCAACGGGUGAGCUAGUGAGCCUUAGUGAGCAACAGCUUGUGGAUUGCGAUCACGAGUGUGAUCCAGACCUAAAUGAUGCAUGUGACUCGGGCUGCAAUGGGGGGUUGAUGACCACUGCAUUUGGGUACACAAAGAAGGCUGGUGGACUAGUGCGAGAAGAGGACUAUCCUUACACUGGAAGAGAUCGUGGCCCUUGCAAAUUUGACAAGAGCAAAAUUGCUGCUUCUGUGUCCAAUUUCAGUGUGGUUUCCCUAGAUGAAGACCAAAUUGCAGCAAACCUGGUGAAGAAUGGUCCUCUUUCAGUUGGUAUCAAUGCAGUUUAUAUGCAGACAUAUAUAGGAGGAGUCUCAUGCCCAUUCAUCUGUGGCAAGCACUUGGAUCAUGGGGUUCUUCUAGUGGGCUAUGGUGCUGGUGGUUAUGCUCCCAUUCGCUUUAAGGAAAAGCCUUAUUGGAUUAUAAAGAACUCAUGGGGUGAAAACUGGGGAGAGAAUGGAUAUUACAAGAUCUGCAGAGGUCACAAUAUGUGUGGGGUGGAUUCCAUGGUCUCAACUGUUACUGCUAUUCACACAUCUAGCCAUUAAGUAUAAGGUUGCUUUCAUGGUUGUGUGGUAUAUUAUGUAAAUACUUGGUUUAGUGUUGUAGACACAAAGGACACUGGCAAACUGCCACGCCGGUGUUCAUCUAUUGU